AUGCUCCGCCGGAAACCCACAGCGUUAGCCAUUACCACCGAAGACAUAAUCGCCUUCGAAGAAGCGCGCCUGCACCAACAGCAAUUAAAAGAAAACAAUAACAACCAACAAACCUUCGCAAAUAGCACGGGUAGUAGUGGAGUCGGUGGCCCCUUCCAAUCCAGCUCAGUCACGUACGAUCCUAACGACGAGUUGAAGCCGCUACCUGGUGAUAAGGCGCGAAUUCCUUGCGAGCUGGCGGCGGGGAGGAAGGAGCCCUUGCGGAAAGUAAACGAGAUCGGAGUUGUUGAAGUGGAAGCGGAAGCGGUAGCGCGGAGCAUGGAUGUGUCAAACAUCUUCUAUCCACCAAGCGCGAACGAGAUAGGACUCCUUACAUUAGAAAUCGGUAUAAAACAUUAUGUGGGCUGGGCUUGGAAAAAACGAAGGGAGUCUUUUUCUUUUGAACACCGCCGGUUGGGAAUCGCUCUUUGGCAGUCGCAAAAGUCGUUACUGGAAUCACUGAAUCAGAUUUUCUUUGCUGCUCGAGCACAGAACAGUCUAACUAUUGUUUCCGCCCCCCUAGGCCAAAUUAUUGCUUCCUCUUGAAUGUGCCCGUCAAAUUAUCUGGAUGAGCGACAGUGCUUCCCAUCCCGUUAUAAACGAGCGAAAAGAGAAAAUACGUUGAAGAGUUGAAGGAAUUUAGAUCCAGCUGCUAACCACUCCAUUCCGGCUUUCUGGGGCAUGAAAAGUCGCUGAUUUUAUCCUGCGGGGGAAAGAAAUGAUAGCUCGUGGGUGAAAGCAACUCAGGAAUGGAUAUUUCCCUGCAAAUAAACUUCUCACCUUCACCCAUGGAUCAUGCUGUCCUUAUGUUUGCCAUUGAUACAUGAAUUCACCUCUCGUUCCAUUAGCGCUAGUAUCGAGCCGCCUUUUUGUUUUGGAGCAUGAAAUGAGCAAGAUAGGGCGGCUGAAAAGGGACUGACGAUCCCAAUUUGCUCGCAAGAAGAGCUGAGUUUGAUAGUCAGUGUCAGCGUGCAUCUAUAAUUGCCAGGUAGAAUGAAAAUGGUCUUUCUCAUUGAGUG